ACAGAGUAGAUAUCAUUUUCAGAGGAUGCCCGACCCAAACAUCUAGAAGAAGCAAGCAAGCAACGGCCUUCUCCAACACUCACAGUUUUGCUCAAUGUCUUUUUUAACUUUGUAAGCGAAUUUUUCUUCUUUUUAAACCAGAUUCAGAUUCUUAAAAGAGAGUUUUACAAAGACAAAUUCCGUAGAAAGGUGGAGUCAGAAACACGUUAUGCUUUCUUCAUAGUUGGGGCUUCCAAGAGUGUUCAGUUUUGAACGUUUUAAACAUCUAUGCACCCUGCAUCAUAAAUUCAUCAACGGAACAUAAGGUUGGUCACCCACAAAACCGCCCUACGUAGGUUUUUUUAUGCUAACCAAACAAAUAGUAAUAAGCCUGAAGCCUCCAUCAUUGAACACUUCAGAGAUAUAACCUGUAGUUGACUAUUGAAUCCCGUUCAAGAGUAGGAAAGUUGGUCACCCACAACUCUUUUUCCAGACUUGCUGUUAUUUGUUCCUUCCACAGUCUCCCUAUAAAAACCAAACCAAACCAUCCUGCCAUCAUUCCAAAGUUGCAGGAAAUCAGCACAAUCUUGCAGGAAUUCUCAGCGAUUACCCGACCAAGAGAACUAAUGGCAAACGGGAAGAUGGCAACAUGUCUUGUCUUGGUCCUGGUUGCCAUGCUUUGUGCAGGAGCUACAGCUCAGUCAAGUUGCACUAGCAUAUUGAUCAGCCUGUCACCCUGCCUCAAUUACAUUACAGGGAACUCAUCGACCCCAUCCCAACAAUGCUGCACACAGCUUGCAAAUGUCGUACGUUCAUCGCCACAAUGCUUGUGUGAGGUCCUUAAUGGUGGUGGUUCAUCACUGGGGAUCACCAUCAACCAGACUCAAGCUUUGGCCUUACCUGGCUCAUGCAAUGUCCGGACUCCACCCAUCAGCAGCUGUAAUUCUGCUUCUCCAGUUCCAGCGGAUUCACCUGUAGGAUCACCAGAAUCUGGGAGCAUAAUUCCUACAGGCGGUGGAUCUAAAACUGUACCAUCCACACAGGAAGAUGGCUCAUCAGAUGGAAGCACCACCAAAUUGUCACUCUCUCUUCUUAUCUUCCUUCUAUCGGCCACCUCAUACAGUUCAAUCUUCUCAUCACAUUGAAUCUUCUUUAGUUUGCCCUACCUCUCAUGACACCAUCUUGUCAGUGAACAUUUUACGGUAUUCUUAAUUUGUUACUUAGUUUCCCUUUAGUGUGGAUACAUGUAAUAUUUAUACUUUUAUCCCCUCCAAGGUCCAUAUGGUUUUGUAUUGCUGAAGAGAGUUCUGGCUUCUCUUCCCUUCUAAAUAAAGAUUGUUUAUGAUUA